AUGCCUGAAAGUGAAUUAGGCUCAACAUUAGAGUAUUUCAUCAAGUGCCAUAGGAUUUUACCAAAAAUGAAAACUCUAUUGAUAACAGAAACAUCCCAAAUUUAUUUAUGGCAUAUGAAAAUAUUCUUAAAGGCAGUAGAGAAGACUGGGCCAUGGUCAAAUCAUUAUUCUAUGAAUAUGCCACAAUCAAAAAUGAACGAUUUAAAAUCUAGUGGCGAUGAAUUUGUUGAUAACUCAACAUUAGAAAUAAACUAUGACUUUUUAUCAGUAUCAAUAAAACAACAAUUCGAAGAUUUUAAGAAACAAAAGAACAACAAUAAUGGAAGCAAUAAUGAUAGUGAAGAGUUAAACAUUGCCACCACUAACAACACCAAUAACAAUGAUGAUAAAACAAAUAGAAAUAAAUUAUUUUCACAAAUUAAAGAAAUAGAUAAAAACUCAAUAAUGCUAAUAGAAACUUAUUAUAGAGACAAAUUAAUAACAUAUCAAGAAAAAUUAAAGAAAGAAUUAGAAUUUAUAUAUAGUAAAAAAUUAGAAUCAUUAAAAGAUCAAUAUGAUAAAAACUCUUAUUUAAAACUAAAAGAGUUAGAAUUAUGGACAAAAAAAUCAUUAUUAAAACUAUUGAUACAGUUUCAAGAUUUAAAAAAACAAAGACAAAAUAAUAAUAUAGAUAUAGAUAUAAAUAAUAUUAAUAAUAAUGAUAUAAAUAAAAAAGAUGAUGAUUAUAAAAAAAAUAUGUUGAUAAUACAAAAAGAAGAAGAUAAUAUAUUAAAUAAAUUAGAGGGACUAACGCAAUGUGUAUCAGAAUUGCUUUUACAACAAAAUGAUUUAAAUAAUGAUACUUUGGCCAUUCAAUCAUUUCUAAAUAAUCUAAACUCAACUGUACUAAAUUAA